UCUUAAUCAUUUUGCAAACAAGUUGUUGUGGCUGUCACAAAUAUUCUUUAAUUAAAUGUUUAAUGAAUAAUUCACCGCGUAUAGUGUAUGUGUGUAGCCUGUGUCUACGGCAAUAUGAUCUCCAGGAGGAUCUUCGUGGACACAUGGUGUACUUCCAUGGAUACGAGCACAUUUCGGUGCCCGCGGCCAAAAAGAAAACAGAAAAGACUUCAAUUAAACAACAUACAGCAGGCGGCAAGAUUAACCAGGAUAAACAAUCAAUUGAGCAGAAAUUGGAAGACCCAAAACCAUCGCCAACUGAACUGCAGCCCAUGCCUUUUAAGGAUUUCCGACUGGUUUUGAGGGCCAAUAUGCUAGCACCGUGUUCUUUUGGCAAGGACUGCCCCUUCAAGUUUCAGGAUGCUGCGAAAAUGGAUCUUCACUCUAGUUGCCACAAAGGCGGCAGCUUCUCCUGCUGCGAAUGUGGAUUGGAGCUGCCAAACUGGCGGCGCUGCUCGGCUCACCUAUGGAAAACUCACCAGGUGGAUGUGGAUCUACUUGAGUGUCCCGCUUUUGAUUGCAACUACAAGUCACCCAUAUCCGCUCUCGUAUGGAGACAUAUGCAGGUUCAUAAAAAAUGGCGACCCAGGGUGCUUCGUUCUUUGGCGGCCGUCCAGCGGAGAAGGAAACUUAAGGGGCACCCCGGGGAGAUCCCUGCUCAGCCUUUAGCUCCUCCACCGACAACUAAGAAGAACAAAUACUAUGCGGAAAAGACCUGCGAGAUUUGCAAUCGAAAGUUUGUCAAUGGCAAGACUCUCUCCAAGCAUGUGAAAACUGUGCACAACAAAAUCAAGCCAUUUAUAUGUAAUGUAUGUGGUAAGAAGACAGCGCGAAAGGCGAGUUUGAUUAUCCACAUGCGUCAGCACACAGGCGAAAAACCGCUGCAGUGCGGUGAGUGCAAGUUCUCUACUCGGGAUCCUAGUGUCCUACACAAACAUAGGCAGCGCCAUAAUAGUGAGGACACCCGGAGCAGUCUAAAGUGCACCCAAUGCGAGUACUACUGCAUCCAGGCCAAUGCCCUUAAGCGUCAUAUGCGUCUGAAUCAUGCCCAAGCCUAUCGAGAUCUGUGCUGUGAUCUCUGCAGCUUUACCUCUAUAAAUGCCGAACGUUUGCAAGCCCACAAGCAGGAUCAUCGACAGGGACUCAUCACAAAUUGCGAGGACUCCAUGGAUGCCACCCGUGCCGCCGGAUUCAAGUAUCCACGCAAGUUGGGUGACAAAAAUGGCGAGAUAUCAGCAGACUGUUUUAUGCCGCUGGAGAGUGUGGAUUCGUUGCCACAUGAGCCAGCUGUGGACACGGGUGGAGUAACCAUACCAGCUCCUCCAUCUGAGGAUACACAAUUCCCCACGUAUUUGAAGGACUAAACGUAAAAAUUUUUUUAAAUUUUAAAUUGGAAUGUAAGUGAGAAUUUUAUGUUAUUCUCUUUGACUCCCAAAUUUAUUCCAUUCAUAUUAAGUCAUUUAUCAUUUUGUAUAUUUAUUUAUAUAUACCUAUGUAUGUAUGUAUUUAUCGACAAUUUAAUUUGUUGAAUGUUGGCGUGUCCGUUGCGCUGUAAAAAGUUGUGUAGUAAAUAAUUUUCUCAUGCAGUUUGUUUGGGGAUUUAAAUGCUUGUUUAUUAAGUUGUUCAGUUUUUCCAUUUAAUUUUAAUAUCAUUUUAGAAUCUGAUAUGAUUUUUUUUUCAACAUUCGAAUUAUUUAGUCAUGCUGGUUUACCGUGUUCAGUUUUAAUUAUCAAGUACGUUUUACUUUAAACUAAUUUAAAAUUUAAAAAUCUACUCUGCUGGCGAUAAUCAUCCGGUUUCAGUUCGGUUUCACAAUCAGCGCUUUUUAAUCUAGGUUACGACAGAAACAUUUUCAAUGGUUUUUUUUUAUUUGGGCAGUUUCGCUAAUAACUGGUUAAGUUUUUUAAUAUUUAAUUUGAUUCAAUUAGUUUAGUAGUUGAGCUUUACGUUUGGUUUAAUAUAAUUAUUUACGCUUGAAUGUAAUCAGCUGGCCAUCGCAGAUCAAGUGAUCUGGCGGUGCCUAAAAUUAUAAUGUCCCUCCGGUCCUUUUGUUCGCUAUUAGCAAUUGAAAUAAGUUACCACCGAGUUACAAAAGAAUAGACUUUAACGUUUAUUGUCUGAGUUUGAUUCGAUAUCAAAAUAUGUUCACUAUUUGAGAGUGCAAAUGAGGAGUACAGUAUAAUGACAAAUAAAACGCUCAAUGUAAAAUUGUUAAUAUCAUA